UUGAUCGCUAGAGUGCCCGCUGCCCGAAAGUUUGUUGAGAUCUGCAGAUUCCUUAAAAAGCCGUGGGUGCCCAUGGAUGAAAUCGCAGCCUUGUCGAACUUUGUUUUCUCUCGGGCGAAGAACUGGACGAUUAGUACAAUGCUGCGACUGUCACGCCUCCUCUUCUGCGCCACGGUCACCGCCGCGGCGUCUACCAUCUUUUCGUCAUGUAAAACGAAUGCCGAUAACGAAGGCGUCGGCAGCUCCACCAGCCAAUUUACGGGCGAGGUGUGUUUCAAAGUCAAUGUACCCGAUCAAACCGCGUCGUCCUCGGAUCUUGGAAUCGUGUAUAUCCAGAUAUCAGGGACAAAGCAGGAUCUGUCGUGGAUUGGGAUGGGGACUGGGAGCAGCAUGUCCGGCUCGACAAUGUUCAUUAUAUACGCCAAUGGGAACGGGAACGUGACGCUUUCUACGCGCGAGGCGCAGGGGCAUUUCAUGCCUAGCUAUAGUGGUGCCAUACAAGCGGCGUUGCUUGAUGGAUCGGGUGUCUCAUUCGGAACUCUGACUGCAAAUAUUAGGUGCGAAAAAUGUCCUGUAUCGCAAGACAAAUGGAUAUGGGCAGUAGCUCCAGGCCAAGCUGUGAAAAAUGGAGCAGAUCGGGACACGUCUAUUCAACAACACUCUGCCAAUGGGAAACUCGCAGUGAACAUCCAAAACGCAAAAGGUGGGAGGGACCAAAAUCCUUUUGUCGGCGAAAGUACUGGAAGCACACCCAACGACACUUCCAGCAACACACCGAACGGCGCAAGUUCGGGAGCUCCUCCAGAUACGCCUGCUCCGACUUCAAAGUCUCUGUCGGGAGGAGCGAUAGCGGGAAUAGUUGUCGGGGCUGUAAUGGGUCUGCUCGUAAUCCUAGGCAUCUUCUUUGUUAUACGGAGGAGGAGACAGAAGGCAAAGUCUAUACCGAUCGAAGAAAAUCAAGCGGAAUGGGAGAAGCCCGAAAUCGAUGGCAGAUCUGUGCCUUUUAUUGAGCUUCCAACAGGGAGAGAUGCACACGAGAUCGAGGCCAAGCCGAUGGACCCGGUGGAAUUACCCGCGGGAACCUCCCAUGAUACCCAUUGGGGUGGUGAAACUGAGAAUCGGGGCGAUGCUCCAGUACGCUGA